CACCAUUCAGACGAAUUAAACAUAUUCAAAUCACACAUCGAAACGUGUUUUCUCACACAGUAAUUCUCUCCGUAGCGACGAUGGACCAGACAGCAACUGGCAAAAUUCACUCGGAACUCGUACUGCCGGCGCAACAGAAUCCUUCCGGCCGAAGGGUCCCGAAGCGAUUCGUGAAGAGCCAAAUACCAGAUUCCAUCCUAAACGACGCCUCUUUGAACGCCGCAAUCUCUCUCCUCCCUUCCAACUACAACUUCGAGAUCCACAAGAUUAUAUGGCGCGUGCGGUCCACGAACGCUACCCGCGUCGCCCUCCAGUUCCCCGAGGGCCUCCUCAUGUACUCCCUCAUCAUCUCUGACAUACUCACCACCUUCGCUGACGUUACUCACUGUUUCGUACUCGGUGACGUUACGUAUGGUGCUUGUUGCGUUGAUGACCUAUCCGCUCGUGCUCUGGACGCGCAACUCCUCGUUCACUUCGGUCACAGCUGCCUUGUCCCCAUUGACUCCACCACCAUCCCCGCGCUAUACAUCUUCGUUGAAAUUGCUAUCAACACCCGCAAGCUCCUUCAGGAGUUGAAUUAUAAUUUUAGCCCUGAAGAAAUCAGUAGUUUCAUUAUGGCGGGAACCAUCCAAUUUUCAAGUGCAAUUCGUGCCUCGAAGCCAGAACUUGAGAAGCUUGGGUUUAAGGUCUUAAUUCCUCAGGCGAAACCGUUAUCUGCUGGGGAAGUUCUUGGGUGCACUGCUCCUAGUAUAAAAUUAGAAGCUUGUUCUGAAAAAGAUAACGUGAUAAUUUUUGUGGCGGAUGGUAGGUUCCAUUUGGAGGCAUUUAUGAUAGCGAAUCCUGGGGUUAAGGCAUUUAGAUAUGAUCCAUAUAUGGGGAAAUUGUUUCUGGAGGAGUAUGAUCAUGAAGGAAUGAAGGAGGAGAGGAGGAGGGCGAUAGAGAGAUCGAGAGGGGCGAAGAUUUGGGGAAUUGUGUUGGGGACAUUAGGAAGGCAAGGGAAUCCAAGGGUAUUGGAGAGGCUAGAAAAGAAGAUGAAGGAAAAGAAUCUGGAUUAUAUGGUUGUUUUGAUUUCUGAAUUGACACCCAAAAAAAUUGAGCUAUUUGGGGAUGCAGUGGAUGCUUGGGUUCAGAUUGCGUGCCCCAGGUUAUCCAUUGACUGGGGUGAUGCAUUUAAGAAGCCAUUAUUGACAUCCUUUGAAGCUGAGAUUGCUCUUGGGGAUUUACCAGCGUGGUGGGAGAGGAAA